ACGCUGAGGAACCUGGGUUGCACCGUCCGCACGCAGGAGGAGCUGGCGAGUAUUGUUGCUUGGUCGCCUUCUAAAGAACGGGCCUGGAUGACGAGGAGCUCGAGGAUUCCACAAAGGUGCACUCAUUGAAUUUCCUCCUGUUCAGGAUAAUGGUCAUUGACCUUCUAGAAGAUCGUCCAUGAGUGCGCAGCAAAUCUCAAACCAUGCAGCGAAGGGAAAGGUUCCAACUUCCAAGGAAAAGGACAACGUGGAGAAAAAUUCACCCCUCGGGAAUCAUCAGGAAUUUACCAAGAAAGACGACGCUCGAGAAGACUUGGACAGCCAUCCAUGCACCAGGACAAUCGUGCUGAUUCUGAUCCACAUCUCUCUGACGAUCUGACAAAUACCGCAGAGUAGUUUUAUAUUCCCUGCUGCUGUCUUCAACGAAGCAAUUUAGCAACCCGUCAAUUUAGCAACAACGAUGAAAAACCCCAUCACGCCUUAUGAGGUUGAAACCAUAAUGGUAUCGUUGGGGUUAAUACCAAAGCAUCCUUAUGAGAGAUGUUUCUCAAACAAU